AUGGCAACCACUACUCUGGAGGAAGACGCUGUAAUUCCUGCUGCUCCUUGUUAUUGGCUCGCGGAGCUAAAGCAUUUCGACGAAACGAAAGCUGGAGUCAAAGGGCUGGCCGAUGCCGGAAUCACUGAGCUCCCUCGCAUCUUCCACACGCCGCCGCACCUUCUCGACAACAGGGCAUCCACGGCUUCUUCACCCGAUGAUCCAAACUUCGUUUUCCCAAUUGACGUUGAGCUGAAGAAGCCAUUCUGCCACCGCGACCUGUCCAGCAAAAUUGUUUACAACAGCAACUUUGACCUGUCCAGCUGCUAA